AUCGAAUCAGCGACGCUGCUCGUGUCACAGCAGCAGCAGCAGCAGCAUCGAAGACGGCGCGAAUGAUGAUGGCGACCGCCAAAGCUAUUCUUUAACAGGCAAAACCAAAAACAUCCACCCUCUGCCGACCAUGGAAGGACACAACGUUCCCGACCAGGAGCAACUCCUGCAGUUUCUGAGGAGGCUCAAGGAGGUUUUCGACGUGUGCGACGAGGAUGCUGACGGCUUCAUCCGGGUGGAGCACUUGAUGGACCUCGGUCUUCAGUUCGGCCAAGGAGACGAGGUGAAGAAGUUGACCAGGUACCUGGAUCCUAACGCUCACGGGAAGAUCAACUUCAAGGACUUUUGCCACGGAGUGUUCGCCAUCAAAGGUUGUGAGGAGAUCCUAAAGAUGGCUGUGGGUCCUCGCAACCAGUCUAACCAGUCUAACCAGUCUGUGACUGACAAUGGAUACAUUUACCAGAACGGCGCGGCCAAGCUGGGCCCUCCCAUCAUCAUGUGCACGCGCUCUUACCCAGAGUGCGGCGCGUACGGCGAGGGCGCCACCGACGGGGAGUGCGACAUGGACAGCAGCGCCGAAAACGGCAACAGCUCUGACUCCUUGCGUCCGCGCCGGCGAGACGGCCGCCCGAUUGGCUCGGCGUCUGCGUCCGUCAUCUCCGGGGAGGAGCAGUUUGAGGACUACGGCGAGGGGGAGGACGUGGACUUUACUCCCAGCAGUCCUUGCCCCGAAGACGACACUCGAACCAGCGGCUUCUCGGACCUGGGGUCCUCCCUGCCCUCCAGCGCUGGACAGACGCCGCAGAAGAUGCGGCAGCUGUACAACAGCGAUCUGCUGGACAUCUACUGCUCCCAGUGCUGCAAGAAGGUGAACCUGCUCAACGACCUGGAGGCUCGCCUUCGAAACCUCAAGGCCAACAGCCCCAACAGAAAGAUCACCAGCACAGCAUUUGGACGGCAGCUGUUCCAGGCCAACCACAGCGUGUUCGGGUCCAGCCAGGGCAGCAGCACCGAGGAUCUGUACACCGACAGCAUCGACUCGUGCGACCUCGACAUCACAGAGAAAGUCAGUUAUCUGGAGAAGAAGGUGACGGAGCUGGAGAGCGAGAGUCUGGCGAACGGGGAUCUGAAGUCCAAACUGAAACAAGAGAACACUCAGCUUGUGCACAGGGUGCACGAGCUGGAGGAGCAGGUGAAGGACGCCGAGGCGAGGGCGGACCAGAGUCUGGAGGAGGAGACCAAGAGGCACCGGGAGGCUUUCAACAAGAUGGACAGGGAGCGAAACAUGGAGAUCGAUCUGCUCUGUAACAGAGUACAGCUGUUGGAAGAAGAGAAUGGAGAAAUGAAGUUGAGUGUGUGCAGACUCAAGUCGCAGACGGAGAAACUAGACCAGGAGAAGCAGAGGAUGACGGACAAGCUGGAGGACACCGGUCUGAGGCUCAAAGACGAGAUGGACCUCUACCGGAAGAUCAUGGACAAGCUCUGGCAAAACCGCCACGAGUUUCAGAAGGAAAAAGAGGCCAUGCAGGAGUUGAUUGAGGAUCUCCGGCGGGAGCUGGAGUAUCUGCAGCUGUUUAAGCUGGAGAUGGAGCAUCCAGGACAGGGCAAGGGGCUCGCUGACUUGAACGCCAGGACCAGAGAGAUUGAAAUGGAACACGAAGUCAAGAGACUGAAACAGGAGAACCACAAGCUGCGGGAUCAGAACGACGACCUGAACGCUCAAAUCCUCAGUCUGAGCUUGUACGAGGCCAAGAACCUGUUUGCGUGUCACACCAAGGCCCAGUGCCUGGCAGCGGAGAUCGACAACGCCUCCCGGGACGAGCUGGUCGACGCUCUGAAGGAGCAGGAGGAGAUCAACUUGCGUUUAAGGCAGUACAUGGACAAAAUAAUACUGGCCAUCCUCGACCACAACCCCUCCAUCCUGGAGAUCAAGAGUUAAACACCACACACACACAGUCACGUUCGCUUGGGUUUCUGAUAUAUUAGCUUGUACCUUUCGAAGUUAUAAUCCUUUUAUGAUUUUAGCCAAAGACACUCAUGCCCAUUCGAUACAGCGCGACUGCCCUGUGAGUACACGCUGCACAAUGGUAGCGAUCAGGCAGCAGUGGUACCUGCAGAUUAGCAGUAACGCCGUAUUACACGCCGUGUAUUUCCCCGUCAAUCUAUCGCUCGCGUGAGGACAAUUUGAAUCUAGAGAGAGAAUUGCGCACGGCAACAAUAAGACAGACGAUGGAGAGAUAAAUGCUGAAUGUAAAUAAAUGAAAUGGCUAUUGGUGGGAAAUAUCAACUACGAAGAGUAUCAAAAACAAGUCUGAGGGAUUAUAACUUUGAACUAGAGCCCAGAUUCUGAAUGUUCUCACUGCUUAUAACUGACCACACACAUUAUAUAUAUCUCCACACCACCACAGGAACAGCAGGCGGUCUUCAUGUCCUCUAGAACCCAACGCUUAUUUAUGAUGCAGUCGCUGGAUCACUGUAGAACUGCUGUGCCGUGCAAAGUCUGUCCGCCAACGUUUUAUAGUUCUAUAUUUGAAACUACUUCAAUGUGGAGACUUUAAAAUAUUUAUUAACACGCAAACCCCUGUUUUGGUGUUUAAUUUGUUUGUUGCAGAGACUGUAUGAACGUUUAUGGCUGGGCCAGGUUUAAGGAGUGAGGAUGUAAAGGGGCAUUCCGGGGUUCUGCAUGUGUGCCAAAGCAGUCUGUAAAGUUUUGAAAUCAGAAGGCGUUUCUUACCAUAUUUCAGCCAUCAUUUCAGGCGGUGUGAAUAUCAACUGGUGAAGACUUGAAAUGAGCUAAUUAGACUUUGACCGCUUGGUAAACAUUUAGGGAAUUGGCGCCUAUUUGCUUUCUUAAAGAUUCUGAAAUACACCUGCAAGUCUGUCAUUAACAGGUUGUGUGUUGUUUGUUUAGUCUGUACACAAAAAUAAAUGUAAAACAAUAAGUUGUAUUUUUAGAGGGAGUUAUGUUUUGCUUAUGUUGAAAAAAAAAUCAAAUAAAAGCUGUGUAAAUUUAGUCACAAUGAAGAAGCAUUUGUGUGAAGGCAGUAACCACAACAUGCAUGAACGGACGCUUCUUCUAGAGGUGCUGUAAUCUUUAUCAAAUUGAUUCACCGGUAACUCGCUGAGCCUUUUGCGGGACUGUUCAGUGCUCUUUCUGAAGACCAAUCUGAAUAUUUCCCAGUUUUCAUGGACUGAAAUGGUUGACUGGUGUCGUGCAGAAAAAAGACUUCUUGCUAAUUCGUAACAAGUAGUAUUAUGAUAUGCAAAUAUGACUCCAUUUAGCAUCAACAGAACUUGUUUAUAAAAAAAAAUAAACUCACAGGCCACCUUUCGUAAACUGUCUGCCUACUGCAACCACUUUAAUCCCUGCUGUAUUCAUUAGGGUUAUUUCACACCGGUAAUAGAAAUACUGUACUAAUACUGUGUACUUUGCAGUGUUCUCCAGAGAAAAGAAAAGCAUCGGCGACCUACUGAUUUAAAAGGGGAAUCUCCUUCUGCCUUCAGUGGGAAUUAGUAAAACCACUUUGUUCUAUGCUGUAAAUUAGACUCACUCUUAAUAAUGUCACCUAAAUGUAUAACUUAAAUCUCAUUCCACGCAUUGGUGGUACAGCACAGUGUGACCUGGAGCUGUGUACUGAGCACUUCAUGUAGUUUUGCUCCAUCGCACAAAUUGUUAAAAUAGGUAUUUUUGUCGUACUUUGUUUGCUUGUCCUUUCACAGGUUUGUGUGCGUUUCCAUACGAGGUAUGAAAAUAGUUAUUUAAGUGGUCCAACUACUAUUAUGUCCAUUGUUUACCUUUUAUGAUUGUCUUUUUGUAUAUUGCCAUUUUGACUUAAGACCCAGUAUUUGUGUUUCAUACAUUGUAAAUGCUGUACAGAAUGUACUAUUUACGUGCAAGUCAUUUCGCUUAUUGAGACACAAGUGUUGUAGAUUAUAUUAUGAAGUCAAUUAGAUAUAGAACACUUGGGUGUCACAGCCAAAGUAUUUAACUGGAAUAACAUCGGACAUGAUGAAAUAAAUAAAUAGUUUGUCACAUCUUACUUGUGUUGACUUUGACCUCAUUGACUUGUGUAUGGCACUAUGGGGAACCACGCUGUAGAAAGUAGAUGUGUAAAUAAAAUCCAUUGGCUUUGGCAUGAUCA